AUGAAGUUCGUCCAGUACUUUGCGACAUUCGCCAUCUUAGUGCUACCUAUACUCGCGCAAGACGAUUUCCUGCGAAAACUACCGACCUGUGCAGCAAAGUGUUUCCAAGCUUUUAUACCCUCGAGCAAUUGCAAGCCCGACAACUUCGACUGUCUGUGUGCCGACACCACCUUCCAGACAGCAUUCGCGAAUUGCAAUGCUGAAAGCUGUACUGUUACCGCAUCACUCAGUGCGACCAACGAAACCUACGCGGCUUGCGGCAUACCGAUCAGGGACGAGAGCGAGACAAUGAUCGCUGUCACGACAUCUAUCGGCGCUCUUGCUGUAACAAUGGUUAUCUUGCGACUAACAGAUCGGUUCGUCUCAGCCAAGGCGAAGCUUGGGCUGGACGACCUACUCAUCGGGCUGGCUGGGUUGGCCUCGUUGUUUCAGAACGUCCCUGUCAUCGUCGGAGCUAUGAUGUUCCAAUGUCAGCCUAUCUCAUUCUUCUGGGACGGGUGGAAAGGCGAAACUAGUGGACGAUGCACUGUCGACGUUCGGCUAUUUGGAUUCAUUCGCGGCGCCAUUGAGAUCAUGCUCGACGUGGCAAUCCUAUCGUUGCCUUUGCCCAUGCUAGCGAGACUACAGAUGUCCUGGAAGAAGAAGGUCCAGAUUAUUUCUAUGUUCGCUGUGGGCUUCAUCAUCUUCAUCGUCAGUUGCCUUCGCUUAUGGGCUCUCGUAAAAUUCGAUCAGAGCUCAAAUCCGACUUGCUCCGGGAAGAGCAGCUACGUCUCUAGUGACGAUCGCUAUCGUAUGCGAAGAUCAGGUCAUCGACUGUCUCUGGGUGGUAUCUCGAAGGCUAUCGAUAUCCAAGUCAAGCGCGAGGAUUUCUCGGAGUCGGAUGUCGAACUCGUAGGCCGGACAAACUAUCAAUGA